CUUGAUUUUUUUCUUUCCCACUCUCCCAGGGAGUUAGUUUUCACUUCCUGUGCUGCCGAGCCUUUGUCUCCUGGCCGCGGCUGGAGGCGCACCUGGCGAAGGCGCGGGGGGCGGCGGGGACACCCCGCUCCCGGCAGCGGCUCCGGCGGCAGCGCCAGGUGGGGCUGGCGGCACAUGGGGACGAGGAAAGGACUGAAGUCUCCAGACAGCGAGGAUCGGGGCGCCAAGAUGGCCAGGAGGAGUCCGGCUCCGUGGUUUGUGCCCUGGGUGUGCUUGGUGCUGGUGCUGGACUUGGGCGAAGGGCAGAAGGAAAAGCCCUUCGGUGAGAUGUGCCUGGAGGACUUCACGGCCGGGCUGCCGGACUGGGUGCUGGACACAGACGCCUCCGUCCAGAAUGGAGCCACCUUCUUGUCGUCCCCCAUGGUGCAUCGGAGCAGGGACUGCAUGAGAGCCUGCUGUAAGGACCCUGCCUGUAACCUGGCUCUCGUGGAGCAGGGCCCGGCCUCGGAGGAGGACCACAUCAGGGGCUGCUUCCUCCUCAAUUGCCUCUAUGAGAAGAAUUUCGUCUGCAGGUUUGCUAGGAAGAUCGGCUUCGUCAACUUCUUGAAGAAGGACGUGUACGAUUCCUACCUGGCAAUGCAGAAUCACAGACCUAGUGAUGACCACCCUCCAAUAGCCCGUGCUGUCAAGGACAUGAGGGUACAGCCGGGGGAGCCAGUGAUGCUGAGAGGCACGGAGAGCACGGAUGACCACGGGAUAGUCAGCUAUGAGUGGAAACAGAUCCUUGGCGACCCCUCUGCAGAGAUGAAGAAGCACGAAGGAGAUCAGGUAGAAAUCUCCAACCUCCAGGUGGGGACUUACGUCUUCCAGCUCACUGUCACAGACACUGCACAGCAGCAAGACUUCACCAACAUCACCAUCAUGGUGUUGAGCUCUGAGCAGACAGAAGAGCACUGUUUGACUCCAAAGAAGGUGGGUUGGUGUCGGGGAUCCUUUCCACGCUGGUUCUACAACCCCAGCCUGCAGCAGUGUGAGGAGUUCAUUUUUGGUGGCUGCAAGCCCAACAAGAAUAACUACUUACGGGAAGAGGAGUGUGAGCUUGCCUGCAAGAAUGUCAGAGGUUCUGUUGGUGGGCGACAACAGCCAGUAUGCAAUGGGAACUGCCAGGCCCCUUUCUUCAGAUGCAAGGAUGGUUGCUGCAUUGAUGCCUAUCUGGAGUGUGAUGAAACUCCUGACUGUGCUGAUGAAUCGGAUGAGAUGUACUGUGAACGAUAUGCUCGUGAGUUCAAUAGACUGCAGAAAAUCAAUGUCACACAUAAGCAAGGCCACUGUGUGGACUUGCCUGAUACUGGACAGUGCACUGAGAGCAUCCCCCGCUGGUACUAUAACCCAUUCCUGGAGAAAUGUGACCCCUUCACCUACGGGGGCUGUGGUGGCAACAGCAACAACUUUGAGCAAGAGGAGGAGUGCAUGAAAUCCUGUUCAGGCAUCACAAAAGCGGAUGUCAUUGGCCGAAGAUGGGAAUCAUUUGAGUCCCAGACUGCUAUGUUAAGUGCCUUUGAGGUAGUGAUUGCUGUGCUCCUGGGGAUCUGCAUCAUGGUGGUCCUGGUGUUCAUUGGCUACUUCUUCCUGAAGAAAAGGAACAAGAGCAGCCGCCGCCGCCAGCCUCCCACUGCUACCAACUCAACCCUGUCCACCACAGAGGACACCGAGCGUCUGUUCUACAGCAGUGCCACCAAGCCAGUCUGACCUACAGCCCCUCUCUCCAGCUCAGCACUGGGGCACUCCCCAAAGCUUCUGGAGGUCUGUUUUUAGACACAGGUCUGUGCCUGAAGGACUCGUUCUCUGUGAAGACAUUUGGAGCAUCAGGCCAAGAUUUAACUGUGAUUUGGCAGUACUAGUAUUUGUGAUUGUCUAGGCUAAAUGGCUGCUCUGGAAAGUCAGGAACUGGGAGCAGUCUGUUGCUCUCAGACAUCCAUCUGUUCCUAACCUCAAACAAUCCGGUGAAACUCUGAAUUACAUCUUUCUUCCUGCUCAAACCUGGAGCACAACUUUGCUCAACUUCCUGAAGGAGCCUGGAACUGGAUCUGUGUAGCAUUUUUGUUGGUGGAUGGUGCAAGCUCACCAGAAGCAGCAAUUUGUUUUCAGUGCUACUUUCUGACACUUAACCUUGUAUUUUCCUCCCCUUCUCCCAGUCCUUUGCAAGGUACCCUGCCUUGAAGCAGUCUGCCUGGUUGUGGAGCAUCUCUUGAGGUCUGUAAGAUUCACAUAACCAUUCAGACCUGAUCCAAGGGCUCUGUGACACUCCUGUUUUGCACAUGGACAGAAACAGAAAUACCUGCUUAAGUUACUAGGCUUUGUUUUUUAACAAAAAAACACACCUAGACUUUUUUUCUGGGUGGCUGCUGUGUUUCAGUCUCAUGUGCAUAGUACAUGUUCACCAUUUUCCUCUCUGUGAAUUCCCCUGGUUGCUUUCCCAGUGUUCAGUCUGAACCCAAACAUAUUGAGAAAAUAUCUAUUUAUUCUCACAUGAAGUAAACGUCCAUACUUUUCCUGCUGAUUGUGCAGGAAAGCUGCAGCUUUGAUUUUACUGCAUGUUCCUCUGGGCACACAGCCUGACCUGAGUCCCUGGCACCUCCCAGAGCACAACAGGAGUGGGCUGGAUACCACUAGCUAAUGUCUGCAGGAUUCCUGCUCCUUCUGGCAUCCUCCUGAUGCAAGGUGAGCCCAGCCCAGCUCCAGGAGGUCCAAAGCUCAUCUCUGGCCCCAAGGCAGCAUGUGAAAUCCCUACUUUGGCAAUGUCCUGGUCCCAGUCCUGGUCCUGGAUGUUCCCCUGUAGUCCAUUUGAAAUGAGGUGCUUCCGAGCUCUGUCCUGCAGCAUCUGCUGGUCCAGGCUUGUACCUCAGUGAGCUGAGGAUUUCUGUUGAGGCAGAAGAAGCUAUUUGUGAAGGGCCUGAUGUGCCAGCUGUGGGGCUGGCACCAAUCCCUAAGCAUCCCAUGCCUGCUGCUCUUGGAAAACUGCUGUGAAGAGAGAGAAAACGUGUGUGUGUGUGUGUGUGUGUGUAAAAAGCAUAAAUCUAUGUACAGACUUCAGUUCAGGAGCUGGGACUCUUUCAGGGCUAAGGGCAGAGUGGUUCUGGAAUGCUCUGGUGAAGCCAUUCCCAGCUCAGGACAUGGCUCUGGUCCUCCCAAGGCAGUGGCAGGAGAGCUGCCUCCUUGGGCUGAUGCCUUGGCUGAAGGGAAAGGAGCUGCUGGCAAUCUUGACUGCAUGCCUGUCCCCAUCACAGACAUCUGCCUCAGCAUUCCUGGGUCAGAUUCCCCCUUUUGUGAUCUCUCUCAUAUCAUUUCCAUCUCUAUGUUUUUCCCACAGCCUACCACAGCCUUAGCAAUAAACCUAAUGUUUUGAUUUAUUUUUUUGUGUACUUACUCUGAUAAUAAAAAGGAGAUGUUUGUCUUA